GAGAGAUCUUCAUUCCUCGAAACUUUGGUAUAUGCUAAACCUUCCGUAAAAUAAAAAAAUUGCAUAGCUUUGCCACUCGGUGGCUCUAAACCAGGAAAACUCUUCAUGCUGAGCAAUUUUGCCUGAAGGACCACUGCUGUCAAUCAAAUCCUUCAUUAAAUAUUCUUAAUUAUGUUGAAAACAUACGGUUGCUAACUACUCCUAGUCUUUUCUUCUAAUCGAAAACAGCUCGGUUCAGAAAUGUUUGCUGGACAGUUGUCGUCGUCGUCUUCUUUCUUCUCCCAUUAGGGGUCGCCACAGUGGAUCAUCCGUCUCUAUACCCCCUGUCUUCUACAUCUGCUUCUUGCACCCCAACUACCUGCAUGUCUUCUUUCACCACAUCCAUAAACCUCCUUCUUGAUCUUGCUGGACAGUGCCUAUCAGUAAUUAUCGAAAAAACAUUGCACUUUCUACUCAGUAUUCAAAGGGUCACCAAAAUGUUCAAAGUAGGCGGGUCUCUUUAACUCAUUUAAAUGACUUUAACUCAUGAAUGAAAUAAGCUAUCUUUACCAAACUUGGUGGACGUUUCCAUGAGCUCAAUCUCUGGUCAAAUAUAAAAAAUGCAUAUUAAAUUAAAAAAAUGGCUUAUUACGCUAUUGUUCAUCUGAUCGACUUUAUACUUGCAACGUAGUGUCUGUCCAAUGUGCUUAUCUUAAACAUGGUCACCAUCUGCCUAUUACGUGUGAGCACCUGUUAGACAACGUUACAGAAGGCGUAUUACAACGAAACUCUGUGGGUGAUGUCUCCAGCACUGACUGUGAGAAAUGGAAUGAAGAACCACCUAUCUCAGUAGGACUGCAUUCAGCAGGACCACCAGAACCUGUGGACAUGGAAGCAGCAGACAAUCAGUUAUUUACUGACUUACAGCAAGACUCCAAUAUAAAGGGAAGUGAUGCUUCAGAUGCCUCAAAGCAGCAGGAAGAUUUCCGAGAGCAGCUGAAGGCUACACUGGAGUUCUGCCUCUCCAGGGAGAAUCUCGCCAACGACAUGUACCUCAUCUCUCAGAUGGACAGCGAUCAGUAUGUUCCCAUCGUGACUGUAGCUAACCUCGAUCAGAUCAAGAAGCUCAGCACAGAUGUGGAGCUUAUUGCAGAUAUUUUAAAGACACUUCCUCUUGUGCAAGUGGAUAAAUGUGGUGAAAAAGUGCGACCAAAUCAGAAUCGCUGCAUCGUCAUUCUUAGAGAGGUUCCUGAAGCCACUCCUAUUGAGGAAGUAAAAUUGCUCUUUACGAGUGACAAAUUACCCAAAUUUGUCCGCUGUGAGUUUGCCUAUAACGAUAACUGGUUUAUUACUUUCGAGUCAGAAGCAGAUGCACAGCUGGCGUAUCAGUAUCUCAGAGAGGAAGUAAAGACUUUCCAAGGAAAGCCUAUAAAGGCGAGGAUCAAGGCCAAGGCCAUCGCUGUCAACACUUUUGUACCAAAGAAUGGAUACAGGCCUGUGGAUAUGUCCUCGAAUGUGCAGCAGCGCUUUACCUCCUACUACAUCCCUCCUGCGUUUGGGGCGCAGCAGCAGUUCUCGCCAUUUUACAGAUUGGUCACCCAUCAGGGCUGGUCCACCACACAGGGCUACUUAGAUCCCAGUCUGGUGACUCCGUUCACUAACCGUGGAUUCAUCAAUGGCUUUACUGGAUCUCCUACUUUUAAAUCACCCACAGCACCUUUAACUGCCCGAGCGUUCCAACCGAGGACCCGGAACCACAGCAAUAAGAGCCACAUACGACCCUCCACACCAGCUGCAGAACGAGGAACUGCUUUACUCGAGAACCCUGGUUCCUUCACUAAUUCCACAGAGCGCAUUCUCAACGGGACCCGAGCAUCUCACACGCAUCCUCUGGGCAGCCGGCCAAGAUUAUCCAGCGCCCCGAGUUACCCCCGGAGGGAGCAGGUCGGGAGCGGACGCAUGGAGACAAAUGGAGCAGAUUUCUCACCUGUCAUGGGGAGAGGGAGGAGAAAUGGCUUCGGCUACAAGAAGAGGAGAGAAGAGAGGUUCACAAAAGCGUCCACACAGUCGCCUCCUCCAUCUCAGGAGCGUGCACCUUCUCCGAGUUUCGAGCUGGGACUAUCGAGUUUCCCACCCCUGCCUGGUGCUGCUGGGAAUCUCAAACCUGAAGUGAAGAUUGAGAACAGCCUAGAGAGCAGACUGUCUGACAUAGUCACCGGAACGGCUAAAGACAAGCCUGUAAAUAAAGAUGCAGUGAGCAGCUGUGUGACUUCAGCAACCCACAGAGAAACACCACAGACUGUUCAUCCUGUUCCUCAGCCUGCAGUGGAGCAGCAGAUCCCACUGUCUCCCACCUACAAACUCAGCUUGGUGAAGUCACAGGAAGUAAAGCAGAAGGAGACGAGUUCACCUGCAGAGAAACCCGCAGUGUCCGAUCCUAAAUGUCUAACUCCAGUCCCGAUUACUCCAACUGCAGAGCCCCGAAAGCCCAGUUAUGCUGAGAUCUGUCAGAGGAUACGAGAGGCACCGACACAGCAGCCACCAGAGUCCAAACCCACCACCACUUCUUCCUCCACUGAAGAAACCUCCUCACUUGACUCUGCAGAAGCCAAACCUGCACCUCACCGAGUGUAAGAGGUGUGGAGGUGUCGGCAGGGGGCGGAGUCACGGCACCUCAGUCCUGAGAGUCCAGCACUAACUGAGGAGCGAAAACUCGGUCGGUCGAAACACUCGGUACCUUCUCUCGGCCCGGCCCGGCCCGGCUGCAUGUGCACAUACUGAACACUGACACUGGAAUCAGGGCUACAGAUGAGUGCACUGGUGGUGCAUGAGGGUUCUCAGUUCUUUCUACUUUUACCCCGUUGUCAUUUACCACACCUUUAUUCGGGUUGCGAUGUGGUGUUUUUGUGGAAAUGGUGGAGACGGUGAAAUAAAUUUAACUGCACUGUCACACAGAUGAAGCUUUUUUUUUUUUUUUUUUUAUUUAACUCUUUUUAGGCAGAAGUUGGGAAUUUUUGUUGUUAAAGACCGAACUAGUGCUGGUAGUGAGUACAGACUGAAAAUAAUGCUGAUCUGAAUUUUCAGACAUUUUUCUUUCUUUUUUCUUUUUUAAAUCAGAAUGUAUAUAAUUUUGUAACCCCAGUGUCCUGGCACUAACACACUGGUCUGAUUCUUUUUCUCUUUUUUGCACCAGACUGAACUCUCAGUGCUGUGAUGACCGUCUGAUUCAGUCUGAUUUGUGUUUAGUUUUAAUGUAUGCGUUGCCACUGGAGUAGCUUUCUGAGCUCUGAUUAUUUUUUUAACCAGCACAAACAUGAAAUUUUUUUUAAUCAUUUGUACUGAUGUGGUAAAGUAGUUGGUGUAACUGUUACCCUGUCCUGUGUGCAUGCCUUUUUAUGUCCGACUUAUUUUCCUUUUUUCUUUUCCUCUUUUCUUUUUUUUUUUUUUUUUUUUUUUUUUAAAACCACUUUUAAUAUUUUCUGCUUUUCCAUGUGGCUUUAGCGUGUACUGAGCCUGUGUGUGUAACAGACGUCUAUAAGAAAUUCUCACACUUUAUAAACAAACCGUAACACAACAGGCUCUGCUUCUUACAUGACUGACACAACACGCAUACUCUGUGUGUGUGUGUGUGUGUGUGUGUGUGUGUGUGUGUGUGUGUGUGUGUGUGUGUGUGUGUGAGAGAGAGAAUACAUCUGUCUUGUUUGGUCUAGAACAAUACAGCAUGCUUUGCAGGUGUGUUGUGCAGGUGUGAUGCUCCACCUCAUCACUUUCUGUUCCAUAUCUCAGUAAGAGGAACCAUUAACGAGAAUCAUCUUUGUAUCUUCAUAUGCUCAGGAGUGUGUUAUUUGUAAAACCUAUGUUACUCCUUCAGCCUGCUACAGUCAUGUGGCGUAUCUCCUCUAACAGUCACAUCUUUCCAGAAGCUUCUCUUUCAUUUCAUCGUUCAUGUGUUCAGUUUGUUUUUGGCUCCUGAUGAAUAUUUUGUUUUUGGUUUGUUUUCGGAGCUUAAUCCUGUGUUUUUGUCUUCCUACAGUGUGGAGCUCAUCACACAGCUUAGACAUCCUUAUUCUCCUGCACUGUAAUCUCCUAUUAAUAUGUACUGUUCAGUCUGUAAUCCAGAUGUUCUCAACAUCCUCCUACUCACAAACAGAUACAGGUCUGAUUCAGAAACACCUUUAUAGUUAAACAUUGUUCCACAAAUUGAAUUUUUUAACAUGAAAAAUGUUUCUGCCUUAACUUUUUUAGAAGCGUGUGUUCAUUUCCAAAAGUUCUCAGCCUGAGUUACUGCGUUUCUGAAGCACCUUCAGGUUUCAGUUCCGUUUUUUCUCUCUUUCGUUAUUCUUUUUACUUUGCGCUUCUGGUCAGAACUGUAAUGUGUGCACUUGGAAAUGUGUGUUCUCACUGUACAGAUGUAAAUAUUUGGGGUAAAGAUGGUACAUUAUUGGUUAAAAGCAAGAUGUAUUAAAAUAAAUGUUCAUGGGAAACCGGA